UUCCGCUUUAGUCUGGGAGGAGUGAAGGUUGGUUGUGGGGCGAACCAGGAAACCAGGACAUUUGAAGGCCCCGAGGAACGACUUGCGCCGCAAACUAUUGUCCUGUGCAAUCUUCUUCGAGGAAUUCCUAAAGAUCAGGUCUUAUCUUUUUCUCUUUGCAGCAGAAAUUCGAAUAUACAAGAUGGCCAUUCAGAGCUCGGAAGCUUCUCCAUUAUUAGCAUCGGAAAAGACCUUGGCAGCAAUGCCUUCCUUCAACUCAGUGGAGACGACGAAAGGGAAACGACCGCAGGCAAUUGCGCAUAGAGGAUACAAAGCCGCAUACCCGGAAAACACGAUGGGCGCAUUCAAAGGCGCAGUCGAGGUCGGAGCGCAUGCCAUUGAGACGGACCUACAUCUCUCGAAAGACGGAAUCGUGGUGUUGUCACAUGAUGCCACGUUGAAGAGAUGUUUUGGGGAGGAGACGAAGAUUGCGGAUUGUGAUUGGGAAUACUUGAAAGAGUUGAGGACGUUGAAGGAACCGAGGCAGCCUAUGCCUAGAUUAAAGGACCUGCUGGAGUAUCUUAAUACGCCAGGCUUGGAAGACAUUUGGGUUCUGUUAGACAUUAAGCUUGACGAUGAAGCUACGACAAUGAUGACCUUGAUCGCGAGGACUAUGCAGGAAGUUAAGGGCAGACGACCCUGGAGCGAACGAAUCAUGCUUGGAUGUUGGAAUGCCAAAUACGUUCCACUUUGUCAGAAACUUCUCCCUCGGUACCCCAUAGCUCAUAUCGGCUGGAACAUCGCCUACGCUCGCCAAUUUCUGAAAGUUCCUAAUGUCCACUUCAACAUGCUCCAACCAGCCAUGCUUGGCCCCUUUGGCGCGGCCUUCAGACGAGAUGUCAAAAAAGCGGAUCGCUCCCUUUUCCUCUGGACUGUCAACGACGAGAAGAACAUGAGAUGGUGCAUCUCAAAAGGUAUUGACGGAGUAAUUACCGACGACCCGAAGAAGUACCUGGAGUUGAGUGAAAGCUGGAAAGGAGGAAGAGCAAAUGCUUCUCUUUAUAAUUGGGCAUUCUUGUUGGUGAUCUGGAUCAUGACGCCGUACUUCAAGAAAAUCUUCAGCAGGAAGUUUGGGAUAAAGAUGGACCAGAAGACUGUUUGUGCGGAUUUGGGGAUCGAGGACGAUAGUAAGUUAUGAUACGGUAUGGGGAACAUCUAAUGACUGUUACGAAUUGUAUACACUUUCACUCAUCAAGUUGUAUAUUCUGGUGUGAUUCACUGAACCGCAAAAGCUAGGUA